CCAUCUGUGUUUCCCACUCGAUUUCAAAACUCUAAUUCCCAAUUUUAUUUUCUAUUCUCAAAUUUUCUCGCGAAAAUGUCUGGUCGUGGAAAGGGAGGUAAGGGACUUGGAAAGGGAGGUGCAAAGAGGCAUAGGAAGGUUCUCCGAGAUAACAUCCAAGGUAUCACGAAACCAGCUAUUCGUCGAUUGGCGAGAAGAGGAGGUGUGAAGAGAAUCAGUGGUUUGAUCUAUGAAGAAACCAGAGGAGUUCUCAAGAUCUUCUUGGAGAACGUGAUCCGGGAUGCUGUUACAUACACUGAGCACGCAAGGAGGAAGACUGUUACAGCCAUGGAUGUUGUUUAUGCUCUUAAGAGACAGGGAAGAACCCUCUAUGGAUUCGGAGGUUGAAGACGAUGUACUCUGGUGUUUAUUUUAGUUUGUGUUACUAUGUAAUUUCAAAUCGUGACUGUACCUCAUAGUGCAUGCGAUGAUGUUUAGGUUGGUUUGUGACAUGUAAUUCUCAAUGAGAUGAAAUUGUAUUCAAUGUUACAUUGAUUGAAAUGUGAAUCUAAUGGAAUUUAGUUUGUGAUUAA